UCUAGAAUCACCAACAACAUGAAAUUCAGAAACCAAACCUCUACCUCAGAAUUCCUUCUCCUGGGACUGACAGAGGAUCCAGACCUGCAGCCCCUCAUCUUCAGCUUCUUCCUGGUUAUCUACCUCAUCACCAUCCUGGGAAACCUGCUCAUCAUCCUGGCCAUCAGCUCUGACCCCCACCUCCACACCCCCAUGUACUUCUUCCUCUCCAACCUGUCCCUCACUGAUAUUUGCAUAAGCACCUGCACGAUCCCAAAGAUGUUGGUGACCAUACAAACACAGGAUCAGAGAAUCAGCUACACGGGAUGCUUCUCUCAGCUUUGUUUUGUAUUAGUUUUCGUUUGUUUAGAAAAUUUUCUCCUUGUGGUAAUGGCCUAUGACCGCUAUGUGGCUAUUUGUCAUCCCCUGAGGUACACAAUCAUCAUGCACCCCUGCCUCUGCAUCCUGCUGGUUCUACUCUCUCUGCUCAUGAGUAUCGUGCAUGGUCUGCUCCACAGUCUGGCAGCACUGCCUCUGUCCUUUUGCACAAAUGUGGAAAUCCCACACUUCUUCUGUGAACUCGCUCAGAUCAUCAAGCUGGCUUGUACUGACACCUUUGUCAAUGCCAUGCUGAUAUACUCAGCAGGAGACAUAGCUUUUGGCGUUCCUCUCAUUGGUGUCAUUUUCUCUUAUAUUAAAAUUGUCUCCUGUAUUCUGAGAAUGCCAUCAGUUGGGGGAAGGCAUAAAGCCUUUUCCACCUGUGGGUCUCACCUCUUUGUUGUUUCCUUUUUCUACGGGACAGCUUUUGGUGUGUACUUGAGCUCUACGUUUAGUGACUCUUCUACUAAGAAUGCGGUGGCUUCAGUGAUGUACAUUGUGGUUCCUCAGGUGAUGAACCCAUUUGUCUACAGUUUGAGGAACAAGGAAAUGAAGACAGCACUGAGGCACCUCAUAAGUGGACAGAGAUUUACAUGUUGGUGUCAAGGGGCUUUGAACUAGAGUUUCUAGAAUAUGAAGAAAUGAGAGAAACACAGGUUGGACAGAAAGUUUGGUUCUUAUAUCACUGUGGUCUUCCAAAAUGAUCACUUAGUAUGAU